CAGUGGCUGUGCCCCCGCAGAGGGCAUCCCACGGUGGGCACCAUGGCCGGUGGGCACCGACUCCUGCUGGAGAACGCCCAGCAAGUGGUACUGGUGUGCAGCCGGGGCCAGUCCUACCUCCAGCCCGGGCCUGGCCUGGCCCUCCUCCCCAAUGCCAGCCUGCUCAUCGGAAGAGACGGAUUUAUAGAAGCCAUAGGUCCUGUGGAUGCUAUCCGUAAGCAGUUCUCAGGAGAAGUGUUUGAGGAGAUAAUUGACUGUUCUGGGAAAUGUAUACUUCCAGGUUUGGUGGAUGCACACACACAUCCUGUUUGGGCUGGUGAGAGAGUUCAUGAAUUUGCCAUGAAGCUGUCAGGUGCCUCCUACAUGGAUAUACACCAAGCUGGAGGAGGAAUCCACUUCACUGUGGAGUGCACACGGAAAGCCUCGGCAGAGGAGCUCUUCAGUAGCCUCAAAGAGAGACUUCUGCGUAUGCUGAGGGCCGGGACCACCUUGGUGGAGUGCAAGAGCGGCUACGGCUUAGACCUGGAGACGGAACUGAAGAUGCUCAGAGUGAUCGAACGAGCUCGGCGGGAACUAGGCAUCGGCAUAUCUUCUACCUACUGUGGAGCUCACUCGGUGCCCAAAGGGAAAACUGCCACUGAAGCUGCAGAUGACAUUGUCAACGUCCACCUCCCCAAACUGAAGGAACUUGGUCUAAGUGGUGAAAUACAUGUUGACAAUAUAGAUGUAUUCUGUGAGAAGGGUGUCUUUGAUCUCGAGUCUACCAGAAGAAUUCUUCAGGGUGGAAAAGAUAUCGGGUUGCAGAUUAACUUCCACGGAGAUGAACUCCAUCCUGUGAAGGCUGCUGAGCUUGGCGCUGAACUAGGAGCCCAGGCCAUUAGCCACCUGGAAGAAGUUAGUGAUGAAGGCAUUGCUGCUAUGGCAACUGCAAAGUGCUCAGCUGUCCUCUUACCCACUACGGCCUACAUGCUGAGACUGAAGCAACCCCGAGCUAGGAAGAUGUUAGACGAAGGGGUGAUAGUUGCUCUUGGCAGUGAUUUUAACCCUAACGCAUAUUGCUUUUCAAUGCCUAUGGUAAUGCAUUUGGCCUGCGUAAACAUGAAAAUGUCAAUGCCAGAGGCUUUAGCUGCCGCCACCAUUAAUGCAGCUUAUGCCCUUGGGAGAUCUCACACACACGGAUCCCUUGAGGUUGGCAAACAAGGUGAUGUCAUUAUCCUCAAGUCCUCAAGAUGGGAACACUUGAUUUACCAGUUUGGAGGUCAUCAAGAAUUAAUUGAGUAUGUUAUAGUGAAAGGAAAAGUCAUCUAUAAAAAUGACAGAGUCAUGAACUACUAAGUUUUUUUGGCAAAAGGAAAAAGCCAUCGACAUACAUCAGAACAAAUUAAGUUACUUCAGUAAUUGUCAGCUUAAAACAUUUUACAUAAAUGAAUAGUUCACUGGAAGAACAAAACAGAUUUGAUAGUGAAAAAAACUUGUUAUUCAUUAUGAAUGCGUCAUUGUUUACGAAUGCAUCAGUGUUAAAAUUAACCAUGGAAUUCAACAGAGCAUUUAUAUGUGAAGCUGUUAUGGGAGCAAUUGCUUUUGAAAUGUAUUACACAAGAUCAUGGAAUUGGCAAAGUUGAGAAGCGGCAUGGCGUAGUGGUUUGUUCAUGUUAAUGUCUGUCUCCCUCUCUAGACUGUAAGCUCGUUGUGGACAGGGGAUGUGUCUGCUUAUUGUUCUGUCGUACUCUCCCAAGCACUUAGUAAAGUGCUCUGCACAUAGCAAGCCCUCAAUCAAUACAAUUGACUGACUAUAGGAUUCUGCCCAAGAAGGCCCCUCAGCGGAGCAGGAGAGAGACAGAAAGAAGGAGAACUCAUCAGCUCUCAUUCUCCUCUCGCUGGUGCUUCAUUUAGACAAACACCUCUGGGAGGCAAAGGCCAGUGUCCUAGAGACAGAUGCUGGCACCACUGUUGUUGGAAAGCCUCAAUUUUAAAACCUGCCACUGUGAAGGCUGUGCGUUUGCAGUGAGGUGUGGUGGUUUUGGCUACAGAAGGGUCCAGGGAAGAUCCACUGGGGUAACCAAUAUUAAAUAACAGAGAGUGGCUGUAAUUUCAUGCCUAUUUCCCUCUGUAGACUCUAAGUUCCUUAUGAGCAGGGAUCGUGUCUACCACCUCUACUCUAUUGUACUUUCCCAAAUGCUUAUUAUAGUGCUCUGCACACAGUGUACUCAAUAAAUACCAUUGAUUGGUUAAGUGCGUACAGAGAUGUAUGGGAUGUAGGGUGACUAGAAUCUUUGGACUUCAUAUCAGGAGACUAAUAAAGACUUUGAGGAAGAACUGAGGAGAAAUAAAUUCCAAUUUGAAAAAUGA